GUUUUGGUGCGAACAAUAUAUCUAACACAACCCCCCAUCACCUACUUGAAAUACCCACAAAUCCUAUACUAUAGCUUCCAACGCCGUUGUUUUAACGGCGUUCCAAGAAUUCUGUCCAUAAUAUGUCUCGGGUAGUGGCGGAAAGUGUGUCGCCGGCAAGAGAUCACAAACCCAUUUAUGAUCACGGACAAUCCGCCGUCGUGGAUAUGCCCGGCUCCGAUGGGGUGACGUCAUCAUCGUCGAAAUCCCUCGCUAAUCUCUUCAAAUUUGUUGGCAGUGCUCGUAAAGAAGUCGCCGAAGAUGAAGCUCCGGUGCACCGUCUUCUUGACGUCAGCGAUUCCGCCAGCGGGUUGGAGCCGAGAGUGCCACUUCCGUUUGUUCUCUCCUUCAACAACCUCACCUACAACGUAAAGAUCCGCGAUAGGACGGUGAUUCCGGCGAUUUUCCGUGGCCGGAGCGGGAUGAAUUCGGGAGGCGAAGCGGUCGCGAAAACUCUUCUCAAUGACAUCUCCGGCGAGGCGCGUGAUGGAGAACUCAUGGCCGUGCUUGGCGCGUCGGGGUCCGGGAAGUCAACCCUCAUCGAUGCCCUCGCUAAUCGGAUCGCCAAGGGGAGCUUAAAAGGAACUAUAACGCUUAACGGCGAGCGGUUGGACUCUAAACUACAGAAAGUCAUAUCUGCUUAUGUAAUGCAAGAUGACCUGUUGUAUCCCAUGCUCACGGUGGAGGAAACGCUCAUGUAUGCGGCGGAGUUUCGGCUUCCGCGGAGCCACUCCGUAGCGAAAAAGCGGAUGAGAGUACAUGCAUUGAUUGACCAAUUGGGCCUCCGUAACGCUGCGAACACGGUGAUUGGGGACGAAGGACACCGUGGCGUCUCUGGCGGAGAAAGGCGGCGCGUGUCGAUCGGAAUAGACAUAAUUCACGACCCGAUCCUUCUUUUUCUGGACGAGCCGACGUCCGGUCUCGAUUCCACCAGUGCUUUCUUGGUUGUCAACGUUCUCCAGAAAAUUGCCCAGAGCGGAAGCAUUGUGAUCAUGUCAAUUCACCAGCCGAGUUACCGGAUCAUUGGGUUAUUAGACCGGGUUCUUUUCCUCUCAAAAGGACAGACGGUUUUUAGUGGUUCGCCAACCGAUUUGCCGCGGUUCUUUUCUGAUUUUGGCCACCCGAUCCCGGAGAACGAAAACCGGACCGAGUUCGCUCUUGAUCUCAUCAAGGAACUGGAGGCUUCGCAUGGAGGAACCAAGAGUCUGGCCGAGUUCAACCGGACAUGGCAGAGCAGAACAAGUAACCAGACCGGAUACACCCCGGUUCACGGCUUAACAUUGAUGGAAGCCAUCCGAGCGAGUAUAUCUCGUGGGAAAUUAGUUUCCGGAUCCACAAAGGACGUUAACAGUAAGUGGAUGGUCCCUACUUUUGCCAACCCGUUCUGGACGGAAAUCGCGGUCCUGUCAAACCGGUCAUUCAAGAACUCUAGAAGAAUGCCGGCUCUUUUCGCAACCCGGUUGGGCGCGGUGGUGGUGACGGGAUUCAUCUUAGCCACUAUGUUCUGGCGGCUGGACAAUUCCCCCAAGGGUGUGCAAGAGCGGCUCGGGUUCUUCGCGUUCGCGAUGUCGACCACGUUCUACACGUGCGCUGACGCGCUUCCGGUUUUUAUCCAAGAGCGGUUUAUAUUCAUGCGGGAAACGGCCCACAACGCGUACCGGAGAUCAUCUUACUGCCUCUCGCACGCGCUCGUGUCGAUCCCCGCAUUGGUAUUCCUCUCGCUCGCCUUUGCGGUGUUGACUUUCUGGGCGGUCGGCCUAGCGGGCGGACCGUCUGGAUUCUUUUUCUACACAGGCAUCAUACUCGCCUCAUUCUGGGCCGGAAACUCAUUCGUUACGUUCCUUUCUGGCAUCGUCCCACAUGUCAUGAUCGGGUACACUAUCGUGGUGGCGAUUCUUGCCUAUUUCCUCCUUUUCAGCGGCUUUUUCAUGAACCGGAACCGUAUCCCACCCUACUGGAUUUGGUUUCACUACCUUUCCCUCAUUAAGUACCCUUACGAGGCGGUUUUGCAGAACGAGUUCGACAACCCGACGAAAUGCUUCGUCCGAGGGAUCCAAAUGUUUGACAAUACGCCGCUAAACGGAGUCUCGUCGGGGAUGAAAGAGAAGCUGUUGAGUAGCAUGAGUGGAACGCUUAACAUUCAGAUCACCAACACAACUUGUGUGACCACCGGAGCCGAUAUACUGGCGCAACAAGGAGUGACAGAUCUUAGCAAAUGGAACUGCUUGUGGAUCACCAUAGCUUGGGGCUUUUUCUUCAGGAUUUUGUUUUAUUUCUGUUUGUUGCUAGGUAGCAAGAACAAGAGAAGGUAGUGGUUGAUUCAAACAAUGGGAUAGAAGUAUUUUUUUACACUGUACAAGUUUUUUGUUUGAUCAAUCGCUCUAGUUUUCUUUUUCAUUCAACAUUUUGUAUUUUAUACGUAGUAUAUGGCUUAUAAAUAUAUAAAAAAUGUUUCGACUUAUAGUUUUGAAGUAAUGAAAUUGUCUAUAUA